AUGUCCUGCUGCAGCCGUGCUGAUGCCUGGCGGCAGGCCGUGAGCGUGUUCGCUUCCUUCGCGGCCUGGCAAGUCCAGCGAGACAGGAUCAGCUUCAACUCUGCCUUGCGCGCCUGUCAGGGAUGCUGGCCACUGGCGCUGCAACUCUUGCAGGAAAUGCCUGCCGCAGGCAUCGAGCCUGAUGCCAUCUCCUUCAACACCGCCCUGGGUGCAGUGGAUAAGGGAGGGGGCGGCUGGCCUGUGGCGCUUUGCUUGCUGGAGGAGAGACAUUCGCCGGACCGGGUCAGCGCGGCCGUGGUGGUGGCCUGCUGCGAAGCAUCCCGCGCUGUGGCGCCGGCUGUGCGCGUGGCUCGCCGGUGCAUCCAGGAGACCCAAGAGCCAGUGGUGCUGCCAGCGCUGCAAGAGGUGGUUCCAAGUUUCGAGCACACCUCCGUGCUGUUGCAAGAGGUGCUGGAGGCCUUUGCGGCGGUGCAGCCGGCUCUGGUGGUGGACUGCACCUUGGGCGGAGCCGGGCAUGGCAAGGCACUUCUGGAGGCCCUUCCGCAGGUGCGUUUGCUGGGCAUCGACCGUGAUCCGGCAGCCUUGGCAGCGGCGGCAGAGCGACUGGCGCCCUUCGGAUCAGAUCGCCAGAGCCCCGCCUGCGGGGUUUGCCGCUCGGACUACCACGGCUGGAAGGGCCUGGAUGGCGACAUUGUGACGCAUGGCCUGCCCUUCACGCCGGGCCAUGAGCUGAGUGGCGUGGUGGUGAAGCUGGGCCAAGGGACCACCAAGUUCCAGGUUGGCGACCGCGUGGCUGUGCCCUUCAUCUUGAGCUGCGGGAACUGCCGCUACUGUGCCAAGGGGCGGCCGACCAUUUGUGAGGCGCAGGCCCAGCCUGGCUUCACCAUGCCCGGGGGCUUCGCAGAGUUCGUGGCGGUGCCGCGGGCCGACCUCAACGUGAGCUUGAUGCCACCCAAGGUCAGCUUUCUCCAAGCCGCGGCCCUGGGCUGCCGCAUGACCACGGCGUACCGUGCGGUGGUGCAGCAGGGCCGGCUGUCUGCUGGGGAGACGGUGGCCGUUUUCGGCUGCGGCGGGCUGGGUUUGUCGGCAGUGAUGAUUGCCGUCGCCGCGGUGGAAAACGUACGUGUCCUGGCCGUGGACACCAGCGAGGAGGCUUGCAGAAAGGCCAUUGAACUAGGAGCCUGGCACGCAUUCAACGCCACCGAAGGUGACGCGCACGUGAGAGCCAAGGUGGCAGAGGUCACGGGGGGCAUGGGCUGCGACCUCACCUUGGACGCCGCCGGCUUCGCGGCCACCUGCGAGAACGCGGCACACUGCGUGCGCCGUGGGGGGCGAAUGGUGCAGGUUGGCCUACCCUUACAUGGCAGGGAGCCUUGCAUGCCCAUGGCGAGGGUGGCCAACCAGGAGAUCGAAAUCAUCGGCUCCCACGGCCUGGCGGCCCGUGACAUGCCGCAGCUGCUGUCCAUGGUGGCCGCAGGUAAGCUGCUCCCGGAGAAGCUGGUGCUUCGUGAGGUGAGCUUAGAAGAAGGCGCCCAGGCCAUCGAGGCUAUGGAGAAGGGCUCGCCCCUAGGCAUCACCAUGAUUACGCGCUUCAAGGAGGGCAGCGAGCCGCCCGAGAAGCGUGCCAAGACGGCUUGCGUGCACCUGGCGAGGGCCAACUUCGCCCAGCUGCCAGAGGCGCUGCAAGCCAGCGGCUUCGACCUGCCGUGCGAAGGGCUGCUGGCGGACUUGGGCGUUUCUUCACCUCAGCUCGACCGUGGCGAGCGCGGCUUCAGCUUUCGUUUGGAUGGACCACUGGACAUGCGCAUGGAUGCUUCAGACGGCAUCCGGCCAGCCUCAUGGUACAUUGCCAACCUGCCACCGCAGCAGCUGGCUGCGCAUCUUUGCGAGUUGGGUGAGGAGGAGCCCGGCUUCGCCCAGCGCGUGGCGGAGGCGCUCUGUGCCGCCAAGCCCCAGCGCACCCGCGAGGCAGCCCUCAUCAUUGAGGAGUGCGCCCGCGACCUUCCGCGAGGGCGAGUUCAUGUGGCAACCAAGACUUUCCAAGCUCUGCGGAUUCUGGUGAACGGUGAACUAAGCGCCUUGGAGGGCUUGUUGCAGAAUGCGGAGGAUGUCUUGGUACCGGGAGGCUUACUUGCCAUCAUCACCUUCCACUCCUUGGAGGAUGACCUUGUCCGGCGCAAGGUGCGGGGCACGUCGCUGGCCCGUGGUGGCGGCCAGACCUCAUGCUGGAUUCCGGCGGGAUCUCGGGAGGGCCUGCGGCCCAGCGAGGGGGAGGUGGCCUCCAAUCCAAGGCGUGAGUGCAACAUCGGGCUGUGGCCAGGAGCAGAAGCGCGCGGCUGCGGCUGGCAGUUCGAGCAGGAAUGGGGCAUUGGGAGCUUGACAUCCUACUGUCAGUGCUUCAACUUCAGUGUGAAGCGCUACACCAUUGCCGGGCACGGGCUUCAGAUGCACAGAGAGUGGGACAGCUUCCAGAUCCUUGAGGAUGGCAGCGCCGGCCCCAAGCGCCUCAGGUUUUGCGGAGUUUCUUUUGCGCCGCUGGCCUAG